AUGUCGCUUUACAAUUCAUUUUCUAUCACAUAUCUAUUAUGCAUUAUUCUUAUAUUAACUGUUCAAUCAUUAUCAUCGGUGCCAUUAAGAACACAACAAUCUGAAGAAAGUUUCAUUAAAAAUACCGAAGAAUUCGUUCCAACAAACGAAUGGCAAACUGUUAAAGAAGGUCAAGCUAUACCACCUGGUCUUCAUAUUCGAUUAAAUUUACAAAGCGGUCUUCGCGAAGCUAAAUUGCUUGAAAAUAGUAAACAAGAACCAUCAUCAAACGAUCUCGUACUAAUUCCAACCGAUCCUGAUAAUGAACACGAACGAAUUAGUAAAGAAAAUCUACAACGAGCAUUUUCAAAUCUUGAUUUUAGUAAAGAUGAUGUUGUUACAGAUGAAAAACAUGUAGAAGAUGUUAAAAGAAAGUUUCGUCCAUAUGAUGAAUUAAAAAAAGAUUUGGAAUCAAUGAAUAUGAAAAUUGAAACUGAUCACGAAAUUUUAACGAAACUUAUUAAACAAUUGGGUAAAACUGACAAUGAAGAGAAUAGAAAAACAAUUCUAACGGAUCUAGAAUUUUAUCUUCAUCAAUAUGACAAUGCAAUAGUUUUUGGUGAUAUGCAUGGCCUUGAAUUACUUAUUCAAUUACUUAAUACAACUGAUACAAGCAAUGAUAAUCGUUAUUUAGCAAGUCUUGCAUUAGGAGCAGCUUUUCAAGGAAAUCCAAAAGUUCAAUCGAAAGGAUUAAAUCUUGGUUUAGUUCGAUAUCUAUUGCAUUUAUUAAAUAGUGGAAAUGAUAAUACAUUGAAAUAUCGUCUAGUUUUUACAUUAUCAACAUUGUUACGGAAUUUUCCGCAAGCACAAGGAAGUUUUCUUGCACAUGGUGGAAUUGAAACGAUAAUUAAAAUUGUCGAUUCAACCGAUUCGAAUAAUAAAAUGAAAUUAAGAGUUAUUCAACUUAUGAAUGAUCUUAUUAUAGAAAAAGAUCAAGCCACGGAUGAUAAACGACUCGUCUAUGAAAAUAUUGAUAUUCGUGAUCAACUAGUCAAGCAUAAUUGGUGUUCAUAUAUCUCUCACCAUCUAAUAUCAAUUGAUCUUAACGAAUACGACCAGAUUGAAAAGAUACUAGCGGCAUUGAUACCAUUAGCAGAUGCGUGUCGCAAUGAUUUUGUUUCUCUGAUACCCGUUCUUGACAAACUUAAUGAUAUUUAUGGAAACCAGAAUCUUAAUGAAUAUUCGACAUAUAUGGAUUUUUUAUCUAAUCUUCAAAAUCUUCGAAGAAUUUUACUACAAACAUCAGCAACAGAUUUAUAA